AUGAGGUACACCUACAGGUACAGCACAGUGAGCACCAGCUCGCCGCCGCACGCGCCCUCUGAGAGCAGCGGACUCGCCCUCGACUGUCUGCUCGACGUGGACGUGCUGCCCGGCUGCCAGCUCACGAUGAAGUUGAGGAACUCCCAGAUAAAGAGAGUUUCGCCGCAGAAGGAGAAUUCAGCACAGCGCACUAAAAAUUUAAGGGAGGCGCUGGAGAGGAACCCCCUGAUGUUCUCCCUCCGUGACGGGAAGGUCGCCCAGGUCUGCCCCUGGGAGGGCGACCCCGUCUGGGCGCUCAACAUCAAGAGGGCCAUCGUGAGCAUGCUGCAGACCUCCCACGCCGGGGACCCUCGGGAAACGGUGAAGGAGACGGACGUGUACGGCACCUGCGUGAGCCACUACGAGCGGAGGGGGUCGGUCCUGGUGAAAACGCGGGACCUCCGGGGGUGCCUGCGCGACCGGCUAGCCGGGUUCUGGCUGCACUCGGUCCCACUGUCCCAGGACAAUGCUGUGGAAUCCAGCGUGCAGUGCGUGCAGCGCCAUGGCGACUCGGCAACCGAGGAGGUCAACUGUACGGAGACGGUGCGCUUGGCGCCGCUCGCCGGCCGGCCAGUGGGGGCCCGUGUCCGCUCUGUGUCCACCCUAACUCUGCUGAGGGCGCAGGACGGGGCGCCACAGGCGGACCUGUUCCUCCACCUAGUGUUCCAGCUCAGGGUCCUGUCCCAUCGGCAGCUGCAGCAGCUCUGGCAGGAGGCCUCCUUCAAGUGUCGCGAUGACUGGCAGCCUCUGCUGGACGCCCUGCCGGCGUGCGGAUCGGAGGCCUGCGUCUCCGUCAUGACGGAGCUCCUCCGGAGCGGCGAGCUGGAGCCCGAGAGGGUGUCCUCCUUCCUGUCCGCCUUCGCCUUCGUCUCCCGGCCCUCGGCCGCCAUGGUCGGCUCCACCACUGGCCUGCUGCAGUCCCCAGAGACCCGCACUGGGGCGCUACUGGCCGUGUCCUCCAUGGUCCAUACGCUGUGCCUGAGAAUGACAUCGCCUUGCAGCCUGUUGCCCCAGGUCCAGCAGCUGCUGAAGGUUCUCAAGGAGAUGUUGGAGGAACUCUGUGGGGAAGGAGAUGGGUCACAACUCACUGAGAAGCUCCACGUGCUGAAAGCCGUGGGGAACGCCGGCCUGGCUGCUGCCACCCUCAUCCCUGAGCUUGAGGUGUGUGCCCAGAGCCAAUACACUCCUAUGGAGCUUCGCCUCGCCGCCAUCCAGGCCUUCAGGCGAAUCCCCUGCACAGCAGACAGACGAGCGCUUCUGCAGCUGUACUGCUCCCCUCGGGAGGACGUUGAGGUCCGCAUCGCCGCCUACCAGCAGAUCAUGCGGCCACGCUGA